GCCAGAAGGGAGUCAGAGGGACAGAGACGCGCGCACUCAGAGAUAGAGCAAGAUGGAGAGGCGCACUUACAGAUAAGAAGAGAAAGAAGGUAGGAAGACGGGAAGAGAGACAGGGGCACAGAGUAAGAGGGAAGCGGAGACAGAAGGAGUGAGACAGAGGGAGGCAGGGAAAGGAGGGACGGACGCAGAUAGACGUCGAUAGAAAGGAGACUGCGGGAGGUAAAACAGGGGUUUGGACAGGUACAGGUAGAGAGGAGGAUACAAGGGUGUAUAUGAAGAGGGACAGAUACAGCAGGGCAUUUAGACAGUCAGGAGUGAUAUCAGGCCAUACCUCCGCACACUGUACUCAGGAAAAGUUGACCGUCUGCAGGAAUGCUCAAAGGCUCAAGGAGGGCCAAAGAUGCCUCUGAAUUGAAUAGGCAGAAGGGACAGUCUCUGUCAUCUGGAUUGAAGGGCCCUGUGUGAAAUGGUGAUCAGGGGCGCCAGUCUACGCCAGCCAAACAUCAGCACCAGAAACCUGAGGUGGGGCUUCUCUGGACAGGACUGAAAACCGACCCCACAUCACUUGUCAACCGACUGGGGAGAGACGGAGGCAGAGGCUGGUAUGUGGAGAAGAGCUGUAAAUGGGUGGCACUCAGCGUAACCAGAGUUGUAAAGGAUUACAGGAUCUGUGCUGCAGUUCCCUGAUGUGGACCAUCUUUGGGGCCACAGGAUUUUUCCUGUUCCUCUCUGUGACUUGUAACAUUCUCUGCUGUGCUCGGAGCUACAGAAAAGCAAAGUUCACUAACCGGGCAGGACCAUGUCGGAUGAAUCCAUGCAAUUGCAGUAUGCGGUCCAGUAGCUCAAACACUUCUAACUCCUCCAACACCAGCUGCUCUUCAGGGGCACACAUGUUGCAGGCACAGUUCUCCAUCGAAAAAUCUCAUCACGCAGCAGUUAGCCUGAGGUUUGCUUAUGACGGAACAGAAGUAAUCCAGUUCAACUACACCACCAAUCAGUUCAUGGCCACCGAGCCGCUGGCAAAGUCUUUCGCUGAGCAACUUAACAGCGACCAGAAGAAGGUCAGAAGGUACAUUCGCUAUGGCUCCUUCGCAAAUCUGGUGUCAGAUGUGGUUUUACGGGCCGCUCACCAACUGAUCACUCCUAAGAUGAAAAGCUGGCCGACUUACGGAUACGUGACCGGGAUAGUGUUCAUGAUAUUUGGAAUCAUAGCCCUGGCUGGAGGCAUCAGCAGGUGGAGAGGGCUCCAUGCCUGUGGCUCACAACCUGAACCGAACCAGAGUCAAGUCAACACGCAUUCCGAUGCGUAUUCCUCUAACACGGAUUUAGGAGUGUGGACACAGGGGGAGGCUAAUCACCUCUAUGUGGAAAGUGAACGGACUCCCAGCCCCAUACCCAAUUGAAACGGACCAUCAAACUCGGAACUCCCAACUCUUCCCAGCCCCCGGAUAUCUGGAGACUAAGAGACGUCGGCUGAAUCUGCCUCCACUCAACUUCCGAAAGAGCGUGUCCUGUGGAACCGAGAGUCGGAAUUCAGUCCAAUCGAUCACUUCAGAGACUGACUCAGAGGAGCUGACUCUGCGAUACAAUCCACCACUGGUUUAGUCUGUUUAUUUAACUCUUACUGCUCCAGGCUUUGUUAACCUGCGAGAAAAAAACUCAUGGCUACUGUUCCACCCUUAUUGAAUUGAUAUCAUUCUCACGUGGCUCCUGCUUGUAGUUACUCCGACCAGGAGAUCUGCCACCGUCACUUGUUACUUUCUGGAUUGUUAAAAUACAUGAACGAGAAUUAUAAA